AUGGCGACGAUCACCUGCUUCGAGGCGCUCAUGCCGGCGCUGCUCCCCCUCAUCGCCCUCUACUACGCCCUUGCCUACCUGCUGGCCUGCCUCUUGACGAUGACCGUCCUGCCCAGCCUGCUUUUGGCCCGGCGCCUCUACUGGGCCUGCCCCUUCAUCCCGCACAUCUGGGCCUCCCAUGGCCCGGUGGCGGGGACCUGCCUGAGGCUGGGCUUCGAGACCAUGUACUGCAUCAACGUACUGAAGCGGUUCCUCACGCUGCCCAUCAGGCCGUACACCCCCGACUUCUUCAUUGUCGGCUUCCCGAAAGCGGGCACCACGAGUUUGGCCAACCAUCUGAGGAGGCACCCGGCGAUCGACGGGAUUGUGGGCCCGCCGUGCCACGACACGCUCAGCAAAGAGUCCCAUUUCUUCAAUGGGGUGCUGGGCCGAAGCAACGCCCACUCCAAAACGCUUUAUCGCAGCUUCUUUCCCACAGUCUUUCGGCGCUGGUGGGCGGAAGCUGUCCUGGGAGUGGAAAAG